AUGGACGACCAGCCGUCGACUUCGUCCUCUCCCACUCAAAACGUGACACUUACGCAAGGUGAACAUCGAGGAAGUGCAAGUCGCGAGACAUUUCUUCCUGAUGGUGUAAAAGCAGUUGAUCCUUCUUGCAGGUACUGGGGUGACUUAUCUUGGAGAAACGCCGAAAAACUUCUCUUAUUGUGCGAAGAAGGAUCGUUCUUGGUUAGAGAUAGUCAUAGUGAAAAUCAUUUGUUUACUAUCAGCUACAAGCAUGAAAAUAAAGUGUUACAUUCGCGAGUGGAAAUUAGCGGCCAAUACGCUCAUCUGGGAGGUCCGCUAUCGCUCGAGCGCUCGGAGAGCAUCUCGUUUACGAGAGAGCGUGAUAUCCUGAUACACCGACGAGGUGCUGAAGCUGAAGCAUCAGGGAUUCAUUUGCGGUAUCCAUUGUCGCGGAUACAGCUUCUUCCACGAUUGCAGUACUUGUGUCGUCUUAAGAUUAGAUUGUUAACGCGAGCAGACAAAUUAUCAACAUUGCAAUUGCCUCCGCCUCUGCUUGCUUAUGUGUCGGAUCCGAAAUUCUUGAUACCGAAUAUUCGAGAGUGCCUUCAAGUACUGGAAGAACGGAGGGAAAGGCUCGGUUUAACGUAA